AUGGCAUCUUCUCGGCUUUGCCAGUGCCUCGCCGCCCGCGGCCACAGCGGUCUGCUGUCUCUGUCCGCGCCCCGCCUGGGAGCGCCGAAAUUCGAGCGAAAAAUGCUCGGAUCUUACCCCGUCGCUCCCGAAUUCGAGAUGGUAUGGCGCGACCGCUUGACGGCGCACGGCGGCUACAUCCAACAGACCAUUUCGCCGUACCAGCUGAAAUUCAUCUACCCCUUUUGGCAUACCUUUGCUGCUCGAUGCUGGUCCAAGUGCAGCGCGUACGCGUGGCCGUGGCUGUGGCCAGGUUUGAUUACUUUCGGUCUGAUCAAAAAGAUGAACCACGAUGUCGAGGAGGACAUCCGGGACCACUACUGGUACUAA